UAAUUACCACAAAGAUUACAAUCAAAGUGUGAAAGGAACGAAGAUGAGCGUGGCUGAUGAUCCAGAGAGUCUGCGCGCCAAGAAGUCCCAGAACCAGCUCUCCUCGCUCAAGUACCACGGCAAGGACCGCACUAACCCUGCUAGUACUCCCCUCAAUAGACCUGCUUUCUCUUCUCCUGGAUACGUUAUAACUCAUAACGGAGAGUAUACAGAAGUAGAUGACGAUGAUAAGCCGAAGUCCGUGUCCUCCGAACCAGAGGAGGCCCCCCGCUCCGCCAGCCCUGAUGUGCUUGUCUCCAAUGAGUUGGAGGCCCCUGCCGAGGUUCUAGCUCCUCCAGAGCCUGUGCCUGAAGCUGAACCUGAACCAGUGUUGCCUGAGGCCCCACCUGCUGAGGAGGCCAAACCUAACAAGGUAAAAGGACUCGCGGCAGCUUUCCAGGAUCCAGCAGGAAUGCAGGCUCCGGUCGACAGUGACGAAGAGGCAGUAGUAGAGCCCCCAGCCCCUGAAGAAGAAGCCGCGCCCCCUGCUGCUGAAGAAGCACCUCCUGCUCCUGAAGAGGAAGUGGCUGCUGAACCCCCUGCUCCUGUCGAAACAGUUCCUCAGUUUGUUGCCGUGUAUGAGUACGACGCUGCCGAUGAGGACGAGGUCACGAUCAAGGAGGGAGAUAUUAUUAUCAAUGCGGAAAUUGUUGCGGAAGGUUGGAUGGUCGGAACAAAUUCUCGAACGGGACAUACUGGCAUGAUGCCAAGCAACUACGUUGAACCCCAAUCUUGAAUUUUUAUGACUUGUGCAUAAUUAAGUGAAUUUUGAAAAUUUGUUUUUAAAAUUUUUGCUACAAAAUGUCUCCUUGAAAUUAAAUGUUUCGCAAAUCACGUUUUUAUGACAACCGUAGAUUUAUCAUUUUUACUCUCGAUUAAAAUUAUAUUUUUCAAUAUUGUACAUAUCAUACGCAUGGAUGAUUUAUUGAUAUAGGGAAAUUGCGCUUUGAGGCUGUUUUUAUGCUGGUUAAGCCAUGUACCAAACAUUUUCAUCGUCAUUUUAUUUUCAUUUACGAUUGAGUCAUUUUAGAGCGUAAUCGCAAAAAUUGCUCCUUCAGUCACAUCGAAUUGAAUUAUUUUGAAACUUUCAAAAGAUGUUGAUUUUUAAAAUGUUCGUGCUUAAGCAUUAAGCUUUAUUUUAUUUGAUUUUACGUGGCUAUGGAUGGAAACUCUUUUUAUUAAAUUAUUAGGCUUGACCGCUUUUGAGUCGUUUAACUCUAGAUAAAUAUAUUUUGAGUCUAAUUUUGAGUCUAAUGCCAAGGCUGAUGAAAAUCUAUUGAUAUUCUCAAAGUUUAUUAACCAAA